GGGAAUGGUGAAGUCACUGUUAUAUCAGAUCCUAGAUGGUAUUCACUACCUGCAUGCUAACUGGGUGUUACACAGGGAUUUGCUGACAUGGGCUUUGCCCGAUUAUUUAAUUCACCUCUGAAGCCUUUAGCAGACUUGGAUCCAGUAGUUGUAACGUUCUGGUAUCGAGCUCCAGAGUUGCUUCUUGGAGCAAGGCAUUAUACCAAAGCUAUUGAUAUUUGGGCCAUAGGGUGUAUAUUUGCAGAGCUGCUAACAUCAGAGCCAAUAUUCCAUUGUCGACAAGAAGAUAUCAAAACUAGUAAUCCUUAUCACCAUGACCAGCUGGACAGAAUAUUCAAUGUAAUGGGAUUUCCUGCAGAUAAAGAUUGGGAAGACAUAAAAAAGAUGCCCGAACAUUCGACUUUAAUGAAAGAUUUCCGGAGAAACACGUAUACCAACUGCAGCCUUAUCAAAUAUAUGGAAAAACAUAAAGUUAAACCAGAUAGUAAGGCAUUCCACUUGCUUCAGAAAUUGCUCACUAUGGAUCCAAUAAAGAGAAUUACCUCAGAACAGGCUAUGCAGGAUCCCUAUUUCUUAGAAGAUCCUCUUCCCACAUCCGAUGUUUUUGCAGGUUGUCAAAUCCCUUACCCAAAACGAGAAUUUUUAACAGAAGAAGAACCAGAUGAUAAAGGAGACAAAAAGAACCAGCAGCAGCAGCAGGGCAAUAACCAUACUAACGGAACUGGUCAUCCAGGGAACCAAGACAACAGUCACACACAGGGACCCCCACUGAAAAAAGUGAGAGUUGUUCCUCCUACCACUACCUCAGGUGGACUUAUUAUGACCUCAGACUAUCAGCGUUCCAACCCCCAUGCUGCCUACCCCAACCCCGGACCAAGCACAUCACAGCCACAGAGCAGCAUGGGAUAUUCAACUACCUCCCAGCAGCCGCCACAGUACUCGCAUCAGACACAUCGGUACUGAGCUGCAUCCCAAUAACGUCAAUGCACUGUUGCUAAUGCUGCAGGACCGGCCGCACAGCUGCCUGCCUGGAACCCGGCUUGGGCCACGAGAAUGUACUGUACAACCACACCUCCAACCUGUCCGAUCGCCACGAUCCACCCCCUUCCACAGAGCGGAGUAGUGGCUCCCAAAUUGUACCUGGUUUUGGGGUUAGACUUGAACAGAAAGUGCUAGCACAGUUUGUGUUGUGGAUAUGCUACUUCCAUAGUUUACUUGACAUGGUUCAGACUGACCGAUGCAUUUUUUUCAGUGACAGUCUGUAGCAGUUGAAGCUGUGAAAUGUGCUAGGGGCAAGCAUUUUUGUUGUCGUAUGUGGUGAAUUCUCUUGAUGUAACAACUUUAUCUGACCAAUAGUACACAACAUCUUUGAACUGGUACUUGAAGCAUACAGUAUAUGUUACCAUGGCAAAAAAGCAAACUAACCGUGACUCUGAGACAAUUUUGAUAGACGUUUAUUUUUAGUGACUUUUGUGGGUUGGUUCAUUUUCCACCUAGAUCGAUGUUUUACGACCGACACGAUUGCUACGAUGAGAUUUUUUUAAAAACAUGAAAAUGUUUGCAUUUUUUCCAGCAAUUACAAAUGUCCCAAAGAUUAAUUUCCAACAUAACUUUUUGGUUUUAAAUCUAUGACUUGACUGGUAUUAAAGCUGCUAUUUGAUAGUAAAAUAAGUAUGUUGUCAUUGAUAUGAACAUGUUUGGUUCGGCAAACAAACUAAAAUGAUUGUCAUAGACAGUGUUUUGGUUUUUUUUUUUCCUGUUGGUGUUAAUGAUUUGUGAGCAUGCUUUGGGAUUAAAAAAGCAUGAAUGAUAUUUCCUAAAAAGGUGCGGCAUCCAUUCAGAUAUUUCGUCAUGAUUUUUGAGAACCAGCUUGGUGUAGUGGAUUCUAAAUUUUGUUCAGUUAAUUAUUUUUUCUUUUUUAAAUGUUCACACGUUGUUUAGGGGUGCCAUCCCUACAGCAGAGGAUCAAGGUGUUAGGAGAGCCUUAGAAUUUAUGAGGAAAAACUUACAUACAAUGUACUGUAUCAAACUAUUUUACAUGAA